CUGCUGAGAAGUGCCCGAAUGUUGACAUGCAUUUCGAUCACAAGCUGUCGCGAUGUAAUAUCAAGACAGGGGAGAUGACCUACAUCAACUAUGAUAACACAAGGGAAACAACCGCUGAUCUUGUUGUUGGCUGUGAUGGUGCCUUCUCUGCUGUUCGUCGAUCUGCAAUGCGAUCAACAAGGCUAAAUUACCAGCAGGAGUACAUUCCGCAUGGCUACAAGGAACUGACAAUGCCACCUAAGGAGGACGGAACACAUGCGAUGGCCAAGAACUGCUUGCAUAUAUGGCCACGGAACGAAUUCAUGAUGAUCGCUCUUCCCAACCAGGAUGGCUCGUUCACAUGUACAAUGUUCUGCCCCUUCGACUUCUUUGACAGUGUCAAGGAUGAAACGACGCUUAUCGAACGCUUCGAGCAGUUUUUCCCAGACUCUAUACCGUUGUUUGGCCGGGAUCGUCUCGUUGAAAUGUACUUCACGAAUCCUGUCGGCAGCCUCGUCUCUGUCAAGUGCAACCCUCAUAAUGUGGGUGGACGCUGUGUACUGCUGGGCGAUGCUGCUCAUGCUAUGGUGCCAUUCUACGGUCAAGGCAUGAACUGUGGCUUUGAAGAUUGCCUGUUGCUUGAUGAACUGCUGCUGAAGAACAAACUGGAUUUUGCUGCCACACUUGAUGAGUACAACAGUAAACGGCAGCCAGAUGCCUAUGCCAUUUGUGAUCUGGCAAUGUACAACUACAUCGAGAUGCGGUCGUUGGUGAAUUCCAAAAGCUUUCUGCUGCGUAAGAAGGUGGACAGCCUACUCAACUACCUGUUCCCGAGGUCGUUUAUCCCUCUAUACAGCAUGGUGACAUUCUCCAGAAUUCCAUACGGAGAGGUGAUUGAACGGCGGAAACGACAAGAUAAGCUUGUGAAGAUCGGAGGUGGAGUGUUUGCACUCACGGCAGGCGCUCUGUUGUGCUAUGGCGUGUACAAACGGAGAGAGUUGCUGCACUUAGCACUGCGCUACUUUGGCAAUCUGAUCACGCUCACUUCAACACCGCAGAAAACCAUCGCCGGCUAUCUGAAACUGUCAUGAGGGGUUCCACAGACUUGUGACUGUGUGAGUAUCUCGUCACGUUUGUCUGCGUUCUGGAAGACGCUGCUGAAUCGGUUGUGGCUAGUGGCUGCCGUGACUGCUUAAUUAACGGGUGGUGGAUAGCUGCACGCCUUGGAGACAUGCUGCUGGAAUUCUACCAGCCUGCUGGCGUGAUUAGCUCCCGACCUGAUUGGCUGGUACACCGGUAUGUGAUAGUGACAAACAUGUAUUUCCCUGUCCACGAACACUUCAUCUACAUUCGUUUUGUCCGUCAUCUGAGCACCCUGUGAAACCUGGAGGUGAGGUUGAACUAUCCCAAGCCCUCGGUUUCCCAGCCCAGCCGGAGGACAAUCCGUGCCGGUGGUUGUGUCCGUCUUAUUGCUACUCCACUGCACUCUGCAGUGGGGUUUGUGCAUAGCAUUCUGUUUCUGGUAUUUGAAUAUUUUUGACCAAGUUCUUUUUUUUGUGCUGAUUAUCUCUUAUGCUUACUGGCCCUGACUAAUUAGGGGGCCGUUGUGUUGCAGCGUACCGGAACCUCUGGUUUUCGGGGUAGCUGACUUUCUAUUCGUUAUUGAGCUCCCCCCCCCCUCCACCACCACUACCCACCCCGCCCCCAUCCACCCUGCCCCCUUCAGAGGAGUGAGGACACGUUAAUACAGUUCUACUUCAGUAUUUCUAUUUUUAUUUUCUUGACCCCGGGAGAUUUGGAGAGUGUUGUUGCCCCACUCGCUACAAUGUAGACAUAUUAAUUUGUGCCUGUGUUGUGAUGGAGAAUGUAGGCUGUGUGUCGGUGACAACUGGUGGAGGGGGCAUGCAUCUUGCUGUGUGCAUGUGGUGCCAUUUAUUCUUACAAACAUGAAGAGAGGAGGUCUAGUCGGAGUGUGUUGUAACUGAUUGCUUUACUAUUGUGUCAUGAAAAAGUUACAACCCAAUCCGACUGGAUCUAUUUUCUUCAUAAAACUUGGUAUGUAUUGAUAGCUCUGUGCUCUGCGCCAUUCGAGCACUUUUCUUGGCAGUUGCCACGACUUUCUGUCCUAUUUUAUUCUUGAUGGCUAGACAUGCAGUUGCAUGUGACUCGAUGAUGCCUUGGUUCUUGGAUUGGUUGUCCCAUCAGUUCCAAUUUG